UCGAGAUUUGCUGUUAUUUAUUUUUAUAUUUCUGCAGACUUUAUAAAAUUUAACUUUUUUAGUUAAAUUGUGUAAAUAUAUUUUAUUUGUGUAAAAUUCCAGCUUAUAAAAUAUUAAGGGUCGUCCACGAUGUCGACACCUCAGGAGCUUGAGAAACAGGCUAAAAAAUGUAGCAGGAAGUUUUUCUUUAGUUUUUUUGGCGAUUCAACUGAGGAAGCUCAAGAAUUAUACAACCAGGCUGGAAAUAAAUACAAAGUUUUACGCCAAUGGAAAGACGCCUGCAGGUGUUAUAAUGAAGCUGCAAAAUUAUGCGAGAAGAACAAGGAUAGUAUCUUUUUGGCCUCAAACCUAGUCGAGGUUUCAGCCUGCAUGAGGAAAAUCGAUCCCAUGUCUAAAGACUUUGUGAAGCCGCUGUUGAGAGCAACUCAAGUGUAUAGUAGUCAGGGUCGGUUUUCUCAAACUGGCCGCAUAUUUAAGAACCUGGCAGAGAACUUUGAGGAACAACUGGACUAUGAAAGUGCCAUGAAGUUCUACAAAAAGGCUUCGGAAUCUUAUGAACUCGACGAAUAUGGCAAGGUUUCAAGUGCACAAUCACUUUUAAAAUACGCUGAUCUUGCGUCUUGUAUUACUGAUUCCUAUGAAGAACCUAUAAGAAUAUAUGAAGAGGAGGGUAGAAAGAAUAUUAAGAACGAGUUGUUGAAGUAUGGUGUUAAGGAUUUGCUGUUUAAGGCCGGUGUACUUCGUGUUUUAAGUGCGGACGCUACUGACGCCAGAAUCGCUUUUGAUAAAUAUUGCACUUGGGAUUCUAAAUUCGGCUCCAGUAGGGAAGGAAAAUUACUUAAUUCGUUAAUUGAAGCGUUUGAUGUUGGAGACUUUACAAAAUUACAAGAUGAACUGAGGGAUUUUGAGUCACUGGGAAGACUUGAUAAUUGGAAGAUAAAAGUUUUAUACAAAUUGAAGGAGAAGAUGGAGGGUGCUUCUUCUGGAGUUGCUCCUGAGAAUGAUUCAGAAUAUGUUGAUUUGACAUAA